AUGGCGGCGGCGGUGGCGGUGCUGCGGCUCGUCCUCCUCAUCGUCCUCCUCCUCCGCGGCUCCAUGGCGACGGAGGACAAGGACCGGGAGGACAAGGACAGGGACAGGGACAAGGACGGGGAGGAGGACAAGGACCGCGGGCGGCCCCAGAAAGGACCGACACCUGCCGCUGCAGUUCAGAUCAACAGCGAGGACCCUGCUGCCCAGACCAAUUUGGGAUUCAUCCAUGCUUUUGUGGCUGCCAUAUCGGUCAUCAUCGUGUCCGAAUUGGGAGAUAAGACAUUUUUCAUAGCCGCCAUCAUGGCGAUGCGAUAUAACCGCCUGACUGUAUUGGCCGGGGCAAUGCUUGCUUUGGGACUGAUGACGUGUUUAUCUGUUUUGUUUGGCUAUGCCACCACAGUUAUCCCCAGAGUGUACACAUAUUAUGUGUCAACUGCAUUGUUUGCAAUUUUUGGUAUCAGAAUGCUUCGGGAAGGUUUGAAGAUGAGCCCGGAUGAGGGUCAGGAGGAGCUGGAAGAAGUGCAAGCAGAAAUCAAGAAAAAAGAUGAAGAACUCCAAAGAACCAAACUUUUAAACGGGCCGGGAGACGUGGAAACGGGGACCAGCACGGCUAUACCACAGAAGAAAUGGCUGCAUUUCAUUUCUCCCAUCUUUGUUCAAGCCCUGACAUUAACAUUCUUGGCCGAAUGGGGUGACCGCUCUCAACUGACUACAAUUGUUCUGGCAGCCAGAGAGGAUCCCUACGGCGUGGCUGUGGGCGGAACCGUGGGACACAGCUUAUGCACCGGAUUGGCAGUGAUCGGAGGGAGAAUGAUAGCCCAGAAAAUCUCCGUUCGCACUGUGACCAUCAUCGGCGGCAUCGUGUUUCUGGCAUUUGCGUUCUCUGCCCUCUUCAUCAGCCCUGACUCUGGUUUUUAAGGAGACGGCUCUUCCAUCGGACUGGGCCCGCCGGGCCCCUUCUGUACAUAGUAGUGCGGGCACCGGCCGGACAACGCUCUCCUGCCUUGAGCGGCACCGCCCCGCCGGAGAGGGAGGGUCAGGCCACUCCUCCCAGGGCAUCUGCGCCUGGGUUUUCCUCUGGGCCUCGGCCGGCCCGCGCCGCUUGCCAGCCCUUCCUUGCCUCCUCUCCCCGUUGGCUACGGGACGGCCGCUUAGUCUUCAGCCUGUGAAAAGACACACUCCCUCCCACCCCAUCUUUGCCCAGGCCAGGACCUCCCUUUCAGGCUGGACCGGCCCCGCGUCCCGGCUGGAAACACCGGUCCGACAGAGCGUGCCCGCUUGCCUUUGGGCUGCUUUAGUGGGGCACCUCGCGCUGUGGAGCCGGUUCUCCUAAAUCCCGGUGGGAGGGGGCUUAAUUCUCCCACACUCCGUCGAGCCAAAGAACAUCGUCCCCGCUCAAGGCGCUCAUCUUUAAACUCACCCUGCCCUAGAAGUGGCAUCACCACUCGCCGGUUCCCGGCCCAUUCCUUUCCCUCCAGGGGGUGGGACGCUCGCAAUGGACGGUAAUGGUCAAUAUUUGACAGUACGGGAUUAGUUUUCUCUUUCGCGAACUGUACCGGGGAACUCAUGUAAAUAAAAGUGGUGUGGAAGGGG